AUGUCUUCCGCGCAAUCACAUCAACACCGAGAAAGAGGAGGACAAAACGGAGGAGGCGACCCGUUCUCGUCCGAAUCGUUCGACCCGAUCGAUUUCAUCAACGCCAUCUUCCCUUCUUCUUCAUGCGAGAGCAGCGGGGCUUCUCUCUCCGCGCACGACGAGUUCAAUGAUGCCAACAUACACGACACGAACACCGACACCGGUGGGGGAAAAUCAUCAUCGAAUCGUACGAACACGAAUGAUGCUUUCGCGUUGCUCGAACAAAAGCUGAGACGCGCGUCGCGACAAAUGGAUAAAGACGUCCGAAAAUCCAUCCGGGACAGAUCGAUUGCCGGUGAACGCGUGGCGAGCGACGUCGCGCUCGCCGAAAACGCCGCGGAACAGUUGCAUGUGAAAAUGGUGCAGCUUUCGCUCGAUUGCGAACGCGCGUACGAAAGGUCGAGGGAUAUUUCGAGAGACGUGGGGAAACUGGACGCGUGUAAGAAACGAUUACAGAAAGCGAUCACAUCUUUACGGAGAUUAUCGAUGUUUGUGUCGGCGACGUCGCAGUUGGAAACGAUGUGUCAUCGGAGGAAUUAUCGGGAGGCGGCGCACUUGUUAGAAGCGGUUGGGCAGUUAUCGCAACACUUCGCGGAGUACGGCGACGUGCCGAAGAUUCAAAGGUUGAGGGCGAAGUACGAGGAAAUCGCGAGUGGGUUGAAGACGGCGGUGUUCGAGGACUUUGCGACGUUGUGGCAACCGACGAUUUUGAUGAACGAUCCGAACGCGUUUCGGACGUUAUCGGACGCGUGCUUAGUCGUGGACGCGUUGGAGCCGAGGGUGAGGGAGGACGUCGUCGGGAGGUUGACGAGUAAAGAAUUGGCGGAAUACGCGGCGAGUUUUGCGAGCGAGAGGAAUAACGUGGAGAGUGUAGAUAGGAGGUGUAAUUGGAUCGCGAAGAGGGUGAGGGAGAAGAGCACGGCGUGGGGGGUGUUUCCAGAGCGGUGGGCGGUAGCGAGAUUGUUCGCGGCGAGUUUGUGUAAAAUGACCAGAGCGUUCGUGACGGAAGCUUUGGAUAAUAAGAAGGAAAUGAUGCGCGCUGAAUACGGCAAUAAUAAUAUUAAUACUAUUAACGGAAGCGUAGACGAUGUGAACGCGUUAUCGCAACAGAACUCGGACGACGCGCAGGUGUUGUUGAUGGCGUUGAGGAGGACGCUUGAGUUUGAAGCGGAAUUGGACGAGACGUUUGGGAACGGCGAAAAAAGGUCUUCGUCUUCGUCGUCGACCUCGUCGGACGCGACGAACGCUAAGGGCGUCUCGUUACAGGAAGGAGAAACGAGUUUAGAUGGUGAAACCGCCUCAGCCGUGCGAGAACGCGCCGAGCGCGAACGUAAACAAAGAGAUUUAAACGCAAACAAUCGAGGUCGAAUGAUGCCGAUGGAUUCCGCCGCCUCGGCGGCCAUGAAUAUCACGUUCAGAGGCGCUAUUUCCGGCGCGUUUGAGGGACACUUGCAAAGUUACGUCGAUUUAGAAAAGAGACAAAUGCUCGAUGGCAUCGAACGAGGGACGAAAACCGAGACGUGGGGGUCCGCGGAUUACGAAGCCGGAGGAGGCGGAGGUGAUGGCGCUCAAGCGGGGACGGGCGCAUCAGACAGUGGCGCUCCUUCCGGAUCCAAGAGUACUUCGUCAUCAAACGCGAGACCGACGAGCACUACGAAUAAGAGCGAUAAAAUUCUCAUCAGCUCCGGCGAUAUGUUCAUGAACAUCAAGAAAGUGUUCAAACGAUGCGCCAACUUGGCGAGAGGUCAAACGUUAUUCGAUAUGUUCAUCGCGUUUCAAGCGGUUUUAGAAACGUACGCGUUCAAACUCAACGAAAGAGCCGAACGCGCUGCGUCGGCCAUCGCCAACCCUCGCAAUUCCGAACAAGUCAAAAUGAACGAAAUCAAGGUUUUAGUUCUCAUAGUGAACACGGCGGAAUAUUGCGCGGAGACGAUUUUGCCGCUCGCGGAAUCGACUCGACGCGCUUUGGACCCGUCCUUUCGCGAGAAAAUUGACGGAUCCUCUUCCGAAGACGCGUUUCAAUCAUGCAUCGCGAAAACUUUGAACACGUUAGUUCGUUCCGUCACGCUUAAAACGGGCGUUUCUACUGAGGUCUUGCGCGUGAACUGGGGGACGAUUGAAACCGUCGGCGACCACUCGAAGUUUGUCGAAACGUGCGCGACGACGUUUUUGAACGCGUCUAAGAUUGUUCGCGCGAACGCGUCGUCAGAGAACCAUUUCCGAUUCUUCUGCGAAAAGCUCGCCGCAUCGGUUUCCAGAGAACUCAGAGCCACGUUACUUCGCGUCAAAAAGUUCUCUAUGGUUGGCUGUCAACAAGCGCUCUUGGACGCGAACGCGAUCAAAUCGCAACUCCUCGAAAUCCCUCUGGUCGUCUCCGGAGGAGGAGGAGGAUCCUCGUCUGCGUCGUCCUCAACGAACGCAACCAAUUACGCGCGCUCUUUCCGCCGAACCGUCGAACGCGAAUUCUCCCGCAUCGACGCCGUGCUCAAAUGCGUCCUCAACCCGGAAGACUCCAUCGCGGAAUCCCUCCGCGCCAUGGACCCGAAAGCCACCCGAAGCGAAUUCACGCGCAUCUGCGAAGCCAGAGGCAUGCGCAAAGCAGACAUCGCGCGAUUCGUCGAACAGUUCGACCGCCUAGGCACCACCGACGGCGACGAUACUUUCGACGAAGUAUCUGUCGCUGGAGCGGCGAUGGCGGGAAAUUCAGGAAACGACGGCGAAAGAGAUUUACGCCAACGCUCAAACUCAAAUCUGAAAAAUCUUAUGCAGAAAAUGAGCGCGGAUAUGAGCGGGAUGUUUACUGUCAAGAAGUGA